AUGGAGUGGAACUGGGAGAUUGAAAUGCCAAAGAGUUUAGCAAUUUCUAGCCAUGAAAAUGAUGAUCAUCAUUAUUCUUUUUCGGGUCUGGUGGAAGAAGGUGCAGUUAUAUCGGGUGAGGCCUUGAUUGGGUUGAAGCUAGGUCGUGCAUCAUCGUGUUCUCCAGUCGUGAAGAGAACUCGAGGGUCAUAUCAGAGUUCUCAUUUGGCACGUUGUCAAGUUGAAGGCUGCAAUCUCAACCUUGCUUCAGCUAAAGAUUACCAUCGUCGGCACAGGAUUUGUUCUGAUCAUUCCAAAAGCCCGAAAGUCGUUGUUGCAGGGAUGGAACGUCGGUUUUGCCAGCAAUGUAGCAGGUUACAUGAUUUGUCGGAAUUUGACGAGAGGAAGCGUAGCUGUCGUAGACGCCUCUCAGCACACAAUGCCAGACGAAGGAGGCCACAGUCUGAGGACACGUCAUUCAAUUCCACAAAUAGGAGAGCACAUAUGAGUUUUCUCGUGAACAGGGGCUCGACCCCAUCCCCGAACUCAACUCCACAAAGUUCUUCCAACUUCAUUGGUAGAGGCCUUGACGUGAUACCCAAUGGUACUUUAUCAGAUCGCUCGUCUUUCCAUGGUGUCAUGCAUAGAAACGUUAAUCAUGAAGGUUUAGAAUCAAAUUCUAACAUGAUUUACACAAUGGAAGCUCAACAUGCUUACUCUCUUCAGACUACAACUUCUUGGGGAUUUAAUGGCCCCGGUGAACCUUCAAGUUUUGAUCAAUUUAUACAUGGAAACAACAUCGACUUGACACAAACUGAGAUGCCACUCGAGCUUCAGAAUAGCUGCAACGAUCAAAUACCACAUCAUAAUUUCGACUACUUUUCUUCGGAUUAA